UACAAAACCGAGGCCAGUAUAGUCAACAUUUAAAUUAAUAAUGUUACAAAAAUACCAACACUGUUUUGAUUUUUAUCAAGAUAUCAUCAUAUGAUUAAUUUUGUCAGGAACAACCAUGAAUUUAUAAAUUUAACAAUGUUUAAGAUAAAUGGAAACCAUUUGACUUUAAUUGGUGUAACUGGAGCUGGAUUAGCAUUAGUAGCCUAUGUAUUAUUUGGUCCAUCAAAUAAACCAAAAUCUACAAGAAAAAGUGGUUUUUGUGGAUUACAAAAUUUGGGAACUACUUGCUAUUUAAAUACUUUAUUACAAUCGCUUGCUUCUUGUCCUUUGUUUGUCGAGUGGCUUGAUCAACAAUCUAAGUCUUCAACUGUGUCUUACACAUUGAAUAAAACACUCAAAUUUUUAACAGGAGCUAGAUACAAUGAUGAUGGUAUACUUUCUCCAAUAGAAUUAGUAACUGAAUUGACUAAAGUUGGAUUUCAUUUCAAACCAAACCUUCAAGCUGAUGUUCAUGAAUUAUUUAUUCAUUUAUUUUCUGUCAUUGAAGAUGAAGCAUACAAAUCAAGUUGUAGUUUGGCUGAUUGUUUAGAAACUAAUGAAAAUUUAUUAGAAAAAGGAGAUAUGCAGAAUUCAAUGAAGAUUAUAAAUAAUUUCAACUUAAAUGUAUAUAAUCCAUCAAAAGCUGAAAGAAAUUUAUCAGAAAAUACAGCUGCAAUAUCUAAUAAUAUUUUAAAUAUUUCUGGAAACAAAAUUUUUCAAGGCAAUAGAAAAUCAUUGGAUAAAAAUCAAAAUGUUAAACCAGCACCUUUUUUGGGUUAUCUGUCAAAUAAUAUAGAAUGUGCUUUAUGUCAUCAUAAAUUGUCCUUAAAUUAUGAAAAAUUUUAUGUCAUAUCAUUGAGUUUACCUGAAUAUCCUCAACUGAAAAUUGAAUUAACUGAUAUUUUAGAUCAGUAUAUAAGACAAGAGAAACUAGAAAAUCUACCAUGUACAAACUGUGAUAAAACUGAUGGRAAAUCAUAUAUAAAAAGUGUCAAAUUUGGAAAACUACCUUCAUGUUUAUGUCUACACUUAGUAAGAACUCAAUAUUUCAAAGAUAGGCCAUUAAAAAGAAAAGAUUUUGUGGAAUUUCCUGAAUAUUUACACAUGGAUAAAUAUACCAGUGUUUAUGACCAAUUAAUCAAGCUUAAGCAAUCUAGAGAAAAGAGUUCUUCUGAACCAUUAGAAAGGUUAAGAGGAAAUAAGUAUACAUAUAGAUUAAAAGCUGUCAUUGUUCAUGUUGGUGAGCAUAAUACUGGUCAUUUCAGUACCUAUAGGAGAGGAAUUAAAACAGAUCAUUCUAGACACAGGUGCAGUGAAUCAAGGUAUUUCAAUAUUUUGCAUGCCUCCCAUUUUUAAACCCCUCAGUUAAAAUCUGUGAAAUAUGAAAUAUAAUUUUUUUUAUUUUACU